AUGUUACUUCCUCCGUUCCUUUUUAAGUACUUAAGAGCUGACAUGUACAAGGGGUUAACUGAAUCUAUUUUCAAAGGAGAAACUGAUCCAGCUACUGUUGGAAAGAGAAUUGUUUUGCCAUCUUCUUUUGUCGGUGGAGCAAGAUAUAUAAUUCAAAACUAUCAAGAUGCUAUGGCUAUAUGUUCUUGGGUUGGAUAUCCUGAUUUGUUCAUCACGUUUACGUGUAAUCAUAAAUGGCCUGAACUGGUUGAUUUUUUAAAGAUAUAUUGUCUCAAACCAGAGGAUCGACCCGACUUAGUUAGUCGGUUGUUCAAAAUUAAACUUAACCACCUGAUAAAAGACAUUAAGAAGGGGGAUAUUUUUGGCAAAGUCAAAGCAGUGAUAUAUACUAUUGAAUUUCAAAAGCGUGGACUGCCACAUGCACACAUAUUGGUUUUCUUGCAACCAAGUUAUAGGUUCGUCCAACCUCAUGAGAUUGACAAAAUAAUAUCUGUUGAGAUUCCAGAUAAGGAUAGAGAUCCAGAGCUGUAUAAGAUUGUAUCUUCGCUUAUGAUACAUGGUCCAUGCGAUGCUCAAAAUAGAAACUCUCCUUGCAUGCAAAAAGGCAAGUGCACCAAACGGUUUCCACGAAAAUUUGUUGAUGCUACAGUUAUUGACGCUGAAGGUUAUCCUAUCUAUAGAAGAAGGGAUGAUGGAGGGUUUAUUCAAAAAGGCGAAUCAUUUGUUGAUAAUAGAUAUGUUGUUCCAUAUAAUAAACAGUUGUUGUUGAAAUAUAAUGCUCAUAUCAAUGUUGAGUGGUGCAAUCAGUCAAGAUCUAUUAAAUAUUUGUUUAAAUAUGUCAACAAAGGACAUGAUCGUGUUACAAUUGGAUUUUACACGGGUGCUAAUGAUAAAGAUAAUGCCGAGCUCAUUGAUGAAAUAAAGAUGUAUUAUGACUGUAGAUAUCUAUCAGCAUGUGAAGCUUCUUGGAGGAUAUUUUCGUUUGAUAUCAAUUACAGGGAGCCAUCGGUUGAAAGACUGAGUUUUCAUCUUGAGGACGAGCAAUGCGUUAUUUUUCCAGAUGAUGCUUCAAUUGAAGAGGUAGUCAAUAAACCACAUAUAGACUCCACCAAAUUUUUGGCAUGGAUGGAUGCUAACAAAAAAUAUCCUGAAGCAAGAAAUCUUACAUACAGUGAGUUUCCUACAAAGUUUGUAUGGAAAGAAAAGGAGCAUCGAUGGACUCCACGUCAAAGGGGUUUUUCAGUUGGAAGACUGCAUUAUGCGGCACUUGGAUCUGGACAAUUAUUCUAUUUGAGAACUUUGUUGAAUUAUGUGAAAGGUCCUACAUCUUAUGAUGAUAUCAAAACAGUUAAUAAUAUAAAGCAUAACACUUUCAAGGAUGCUUGCUUUGCCUUAGGAUUGUUGGACGAUGACAAAGAGUUUGUAGAUGCAAUUAUGGAGGCGAGUCAUUGGGGUACCGGGAGCUUUUUACGCAGUUUAUUUGCCACUCUGUUAGUGUCAAAUCAAAUAAGUCGACCAGAUUUUGUUUGGAAUAAGACAUGGGAGUAUUUGUCUGAUGAUAUUUUGCACCGACAGAGACAAUUAUUGUCUUUUCAUGACUUGGUCUUGACUGUUGAUCAAUUGAAGAGUUAUGCUUUGGCUGAAAUUGAGAUUUUAUUGCAAAGUAAUAACAAAAGCUUGGAAGAUUAUCCUGAGAUGCCUCAACCAGAUAGAGCAUUGUUACGCGAGAGGCAAAAUAGAUUGAUUUAUGAUGAGUUGAAUUAUGACAGGCGGUCACUGUUAGAAGAGCAUCGUAAUUUGAUGUCAACAAUGACAACUGAACAAAUGAGAAUAUAUGAAAGGAUCAUGAAAAGGAUCAAUGAAAAUAGAUCGGGACUUUUUUUUCUAUAUGGUUAUGGAGGAACCGGAAAAACUUACAUUUGGAGAGCAAUGUCUGCAGCAAUAAGAUCAAGGGGUGAGAUUGUUCUAACCGUCGCAUCGAGUGGUAUAGCUUCUUUGCUAAUUCCGGGUGGAAGAACUGCACACUCAAGAUUUGCCAUCCCUAUAGAAGUUCAUGAAUGCUCGACGUGUAAUAUCGCUCCAAAAGACCCUUUAGCUGAGUUAAUACGUCGUGCAAAGUUAAUAAUAUGGGAUGAAGCCCCUAUGAUGCACAAGCAUUGUUUUGAAGCUGUUGAUCGUACUUUUCAAGAUAUAAUGCAAAAUAAAAAUAUCCCAUUUGGCGGAAAAGUAGUUGUUUUGGGUGGAGAUUUUCGUCAGAUCCUUCCUGUUAUCCCUAAAGGAACAAGACACGAAGUUGUGCAUUCAACUAUAAAUUCUUCUCAUCUUUGGAGUUAUUGUGAAGUGCUUACACUGACCACUAAUAUGAGACUUCUGACUGGAGGUAUAGAUGCUGACAUUGAAGAGAGAAAGAGUUUUUCGGAAUGGAUAUUGGGAAUUGGCGAUGGAAGUAUUGGAGAUGCUAAUGACGUAGAUAUCACAGUGCAGAUACCACGUGAUUUGUUGAUUCCUAGCUUUGGAGAUCCACUUUCAGCUAUUGUGGAAAGCACGUAUCCAAAUCUUUUACACAACUUGAAUGAUCUGUCUUUUUUUCAAGAGAGGGCAAUAUUAACUCCUAAAAAUACCAUUGUUGAUGCCCUCAAUGAUUAUAUAUUGGAUUUAAUACCUGGAGAAGAAAAAACUUAUUUGAGUUAUGAUUCUCCAUGUAAUGCUAGGUCAGACAUUAACACGCCAGAUGAUGUGCAUACUCCUAAAUUUCUAAACACCAUUGUAUCUUCAGGAUUACCAAAUCACAAGUUGAAAUUAAAAGUUGGAGUCCCAGUAAUGUUGAGAAAUAUUGACCAGUCGUUGGGAUUGUGCAAUGGCACCCGAUUGAUAAUUACAAAAAUGGGAAGAUAUGUCCUUGAAGGUAAGAUUAUAUCAGGUAACAAUGUUGGUCAUAAGAUUUUUAUUCCAAGGUUAUCACUGACUCCAACCGAUAAAAGAAUCCCUUUCAAAUUUCAACGUCGGCAAUUUCCAUUGACUGUAUCAUUUGCUAUGACAAUCAACAAGAGUCAAGGUCAGUCACUUAAAUAUGUAGGAGAAUAUCUUCCCCAGUCAAUUUCUUCUCAUGGGCAAUUAUAUGUUGCAUUGUCAAGAGUUACUUCAAAGAAAGGCUUAAAGAUACUGAUAACCAACGACGAAGGUGAAGAUACAAAUGUAACUCAGAAUGUCGUUUAA